AUGGAGCCCAGCCCCUCUACAAGCAGCAGCAUGCUGCGUCUACCCAGUCGCUUCCAAGUUCAUCUUGCCAAGUUGCACAAGCAAGAGGUGGAGAUCCAGCAGCUGGAACGUGAUAAACUCGAGCAAAUGCAGCGUAUCAGCGAGUUGGAAGAUCAGGCGCAGCGUUCGAAUCAACUGAGUGAAAAACAAGAUGCUGUCAUUUCCCAGCUACGCACUAAGCUCGCUGACCACGACGACGAAGACUUAAAAGCAGCUCACACCAUCGACAUGCUGACGCGGCAAGUGGAGAAGCUUCAAGUGGCCACGGCACGAGCAGAAGAGGCUCAGCGUGACGCGGAAGCAGACUAUAUACUUCGGCACUUUGUUGGAGACGACGAUGGUGCCGGCACAGGCCCUUCGACACUGGAGGAGCUACAGUCUGAGCUGACGCGCGUGGCUUUUGCUGAACAGCAGAGUUCGCGUCGAGUUGGUGAGCUGGAAGCAGAAUUGGCAGUACUCAGAGACGCGGCUAAUGCCCUGAGUCGCGAGUUACAGGACUCGAAGGAGGCAAAACAAGAUCUAGAGAUUGAGUUGCAGAAAGCCAUGAGUUCAAAGCGUGAAUUCGAACAAGAGCUGGGACAGCUGAAGCAUGGACAGGAGAUGUCAUUGCAGACGGAGGUCCAAAUUGUCGAGGAAGGCGAACAGUGGAAAUCGAUGGCAAGUGUGUGUCAAAAACUGGCGACGACUUUGAGAGCGCAGGUGAAGACCCUGACGGAUGAUAAACAGAAGCUGGAGCACGCUAUUAGUUGUUGUCAACGAUCGGUAGACAACCGCCUGAAAACUCUUGAACAAGACCGGCAGAACAAUGAAGCGGAAAAUGCGCAUCUUCGGACCGAGUUGGCUCGCCUGCGGCAGGACCGUAGAGCCAUGGCGCUCCAAUUCCGCAAACUUGAAGAAGAGAACGUUGACGAUACGUUGGCGGUGGAAGAGCGAAUGCAACUCACACAAGCGCAAGCGCGCCACAUAGAACUUGCUACCCGAAUCCAGGUGGUCGAGCAAAAGGUUUCAUCGUCAGUCGAUAUGGCAGCUCACAGUCGGCUGCUCGUAGCGGAGAAUAACGAACUCCUCCAUCAACUGGAGAAAGAACGUUAUCACUCGGAAGAGCUUGCCCGAUCCAAUGCCACGUUGAAAGCAGCGACAGAGACGGCAGUAAAGCAGCUCAAGGAAGUCGAAAUCGAACUCCGCGCAAUUAACAGCAGUCGUGAUCCGAGUGAUGAACAGCAUGAGACGGUGGCUAGCUUGGCUAGACUGGUAAUUACCGACCUUAAGAGACAGCAAGAUGAAUCUGUGGACGCCGCGGUGGCAUCGAUGCAGGUUUUUCAUCUGACAUCCUCGCUCGAAGAGCACUUGCAUCAUCUUCGCGCGCUGCGUGAAACCCAAGAUAUUUGUCCGACUUCAAUCAGCAGCAACCAAUGA